CACACACUCACACACACACACACACACAGCUCAAGGGUGGGGAGGGUGUGUGUGGAGGGGCAUGUCUUGUGCCAGCCACGUGGUGAUUGUGAAACGGGCGGUUUGCGCUACAGACCCAGAGCACGCUACGGAGCGAACGGGAGAGGAUCGCUGUUCACGGGGCGGACGAGAGAAAGAGAGAGCGAGAGAACGAGAGAGAGAGAGAGAGCGAGAGAGCGAGAGAGCGAGAGAGUGAGAGAGAGAGCGAGAGAGCCAGAGAGUGAGAGAGAGCGAGAGAGCCAGAGAGUGAGAGAGAGAGAGAGAGAGAGAGUGAGAGAGCGAGAGUGAGAGAGCCAGAGAGUGAGAGAGCGAGAGUGAGAGAGCCAGAGAGUGAGAGAGUGAGAGUGAGAGAGCGAGAGUGAGAGAGCCAGAGAGCGAGAGAGUGAGAGAGCGAGAGUGAGAGAGCCAGAGAACGAGAGAACGAGAGAGCCAGAGAACGAGAGAACGAGAGAACGAGGAUUAAAAAACAGCGAGAGGAUGAAUGAGGGAGUGAGGGAAACAGAGGAGGAGCGGGCGGGCCCCCCCUGCCCCGGCUGUGGGGGCAGGGGCCCCCGGGACCUGCCCUGCGGGCACCGCCUGUGCCCCCCCUGCCUGGAGCUGUGCGAGAGGGAGCUGGGGGAGACGGCCUGCACCGUGUGCUACGGCCGGGACGUCCUGGGCGGCCUGGUGGAGGGCCUGCUGGAGUCUCUGUUCCAGGGGCAGCCCCGGCGGGACGCCCCCCGGCCGGGGCGGGGGCGGGAGGUGUGCCCGCUGCACGGGGAGAGGCUGACCCUGUUCUGCCUGCAGGACGAGGAGCCGGUCUGCCCCCUCUGCAGGGCCGCCGGGCACCAGGAGCACCGCUGCGCCUCCACCGAGGAGGCAGCGCAGGACUACAAGCGGGAGCUCAGGACCGUCCUGAAGGCCCUCGAGGAGAAGCUGGAGGCCCGAAACACGGCCAAACAGACCUGCGACGAGAUGGCGGAACACAUCAAGAGCCAGAGUCUUCAGACAGAGAGGCUGGCGAAGGAGGAGUUCGAGAAGCUCCACCAGUUCCUGCGCGAUGAAGAGGCGGCCCUGGUCGCCGCUCUGAAGGAGGAAGAGGAGGAGAAGAGCCAGAAGAUCCGGGAGAGGAUUGAGAAGAUGGCGGGGGAGAUAGCCUCCCUCUCUGACGCCAUAAAGAUGGUGGAGGAGGAACUGGAGGCUGAGGACCUCGCCUUGCUGCAGAACUUCAAAACCACCGUGGAAAGGGCACGGUGCACACAGCAGGAGUCGGAGAAGGCUGCCGGGACGCUGAUCGACGUGGCCAGGCACCUGGGCUCCCUGAAGCACAGAGUCUGGGAGAAGAUGCAGGAGGUGACUCAGUACAGUGAGUCCCGGGGCCGUGUCUCUCCCGUGGUGCUCGACCCCAACACGGCGGACGUGUGCCUGGUGGUGUCGGACGACCUGACCGCGGUGCGCUACACGGAGGACGACCAGCGUCUGCCGGACAACGCCGAGCGCUUCGGCUACUACGAGUGCGUGCUGGGCGCGGAGGGCCUGGGCUCGGGGCGGCACGCCUGGGACGUGGAGGUCGGGGAGAGCACCGAGUGGGCCCUGGGCGUGGCCGAGGGGACGGUGCCGCGGAAGGAGUGGUUCCCCAUGAGCCCGGAGACGGGCCUGUGGAGCAUCGGGCUGUACGCGGGGGAGUACCGCGCGCGCGCCCCCGUCUGCCCCCCCAUCGCCGUGAAGCGGACGCCCCGCCGCGUCCGGGUGCAGCUGGACUGGGACCGGGGACGCCUGACGUUCUCCGACCCCAGCGACAACGCCCUCCUCUACCGCUUCCAGCACCGCUUCACCGACAAGGUCUACCCCUACGUCUCCAACACCUCCAAGCACCACCCGCUCCGCAUCCUGCCCGGCAGGGUGUCCGUCAUCGCGGAGUAGCGCUGGUCGAAAAGCCGGGCCCUCCGACGGUGUCUCUCCGGGGGGCGUGAUUUCAGUUUCAAAAUGUGAGCGGGACAGCGGGGUUUGGUGAGUGUCGGUGGGGCGGUUGAUGUCAAAGGUACAAUCGGUGUCAUUUCGGACUUCUAACGGUCGAGAAAGGAAUAGCAGCAACAAAUAUGCAGUUGAAAUUGUACUUCCCUCUAGGGUCUUUCAGCGCACUUAGCCCUGGUUAUGGGUAUGCACUUUGUUGUACGUCGCUCUGGAUAAGAGCGUCUGCCAAAUGCCAAUAAUGUAAUGUAAUGUAAUGUAAUGUAAUGUAAAUACCUUCAAACCAUAACACUGUUUAUCCCUCCCCCUUCUCUGAAAACGCGCUGACGUUGAAACGCUGAAAUUGGCUGUGUUAAUUCGAACCAAUUAUCAACAAAUGAGCUUGGAUGGUAAUAGAGUUAUACAAUGUUUUGGUACAGAGUGUUGGGUGGCUGUCAACUGUAUAUUUUGAAAUGCAAAUUAAAGGACUAUAAAACACAGGCAGAGGGCAAGUCAGCAUGUUAGUGAGCCUUUUUCAAUGAUAGGAAGGGAUUUUACGAUGGUCCUGUAACAAUGUUUUAACACAAAAAUGUUACCUUUUGUACCUUUCAGUUUACGAUACAGCUGUCUGCAAAAAUGCAGGGGGCAUGUCACCCCUGUAGGCCCUGUCCUUCCCCACUCCCGUGCAAAUUGCGCCGAUGUGUCUCUCUCAGUGCUGGGGACAAAACGCAUGUCAUGGAGCAGGGACCUCAAACAGGCCACGUCAUUGUUACUUGUUUCACGGAGGGCUCAACACACUGUACAUUUAAAAACAAGAUAACAAGAUAAUGAAUAAAAUGUAAAAGAUAGCCUAAUUCACCACCAAUGAUCAACAGCCAACCCAUGGCCAGGCUAGUCCUCGUAAAGAAGAUGUAUGAGGUACUGAAACAUAGCACUUAAGGGCUGAAACACAUCAAGCACCAACACAUACUGUACCGCCGUCCUCCAUGAGUUAAGAUUGAGAUCCCUGUUAGAGAAGGUAAAGCACUGAACCCUUACAGACAUAUUUCAUCUGAGUUUAUGAAAAGCAAAUGCCCUUUUGAACCUUCCUCGGUUGUUUUUUGUUCUUUUGUUUUUUCAUUUUGUAGUGCGUUUCAUUUUUGUGGAAAUUUUUUAUGGCAAUAAAUAUGAGCAUACAGUAGUGUAAGCGUUUUGAAGAGAAUACUAUCUCAGUGUUUUGCAUUUCUACAUUUUUGCUGUAGGAAUGUGCCAGAGGGUAGAAUGUUUUUUGGUGGGGGGUAAAUGAGACUAAAUUUCAGUCUCAUUUAGCUGAAAUUCAAAUGCAUUUGAACGCCAUUUUAUUUGCCUGGACUGAAGCUGUUGUUUUAUUCUAAAAACAGGCAAGCUGCCCGUGGAUAUUAUCUGCUCCAUGUUUUUUUUUCGUUUUAAGAAAGACUUCUGUUACAGGAAGAACUGUGAAGUAGAAGUUAGAUGCUGAAUUACCAGUGUGAGUGUGUGUGUGUGUGUGUGUGUGUGUGCGCGCGCGCUUUAGUGGACGUUGUGUCUUGCCUUUGUGCGAAGCCCAGAUUUCUGUUCAUAUUUCUGUUGGAAUUCAGACGUAUAUUUUAAUAAAGAAAUUCACAACCAAGA